AUGGGUUUGCACCAGGCCCACAGUGGUAACAAUGAGGUGGAGGUGUGUGUGGUUGUGGUCCUGGCUUUACUGGUUAAUGCCUAUGCCAGACUAGCUCGUAACCAUGUGAACAACAUCUGUAGCACAUGGGGCAGAGACCACUUCAAGACAUUUGAUGGUGACAUGUACCAGUUCCCUGGACUGUGUGAAUACAACCUUGUCUCCGAUUGUCAUGAGAUGUACCAGGAGUUUUCAGUGCACAUGAAGAGGACAGACGUGGAUGGAAGCCCUACAGUCAGCUACGUGGUGGUCACCAUCAAUGACCUUUCAUUCCACCUCACCAAGAGUCAGGUCACUGUGAAUGAUGUCCUUGUCAAUCUGCCGUACAUCAAGGCAGGUGUACAAGUAGAAAAAAACGCUGUUUACAUCAAGCUGCAGUCUAAAGUUGGCCUCAUUGUUCUGUGGAAUGGUGAUGACGCAAUCAUGGUGGAGCUGGAACAUGAGUAUAAUAAUCGUACCUGUGGACUUUGUGGAGACUUCAAUGGUGUAGCCAUCUACAAUGAAUUCAUUCAUAAGGGACGCAAAAUUAGUCCCAUUGAAUUUGGCAACAAACACAAAGUGCAUCGUCCAAAUGAUGACUGUGAAGAUCCCUAUGAAGAAGAAGAUGAACCACUGGGGGCUGUGCAGGCCUCAUGUGAAAAGUUUCAAACCAUCUGUAACCAGGCCCUGCACUCAGAUUUGUGGAGCCCCUGCACAGAACUGUUGAACCCUGAACCCUACAUCCAGGCCUGUGUGCAGGACAUGUGUGGAUGUUCCAACAACACCGAUAAUAACUGUCUCUGCAGCACUUUGUCUGAAUUCUCUCGGCAAUGUUCACAUGCUGGAGGGCAGCCUCCCAAAUGGAGGACAUCUGAUUUAUGCGCUAAAGAGUGCCCAUUCAAUAUGGUUUAUGAAGAAAGUAGUUCCCCUUGCAUGGAUACUUGCACUUACCAAGACACAACUUCCCUGUGUGAGGACCACAAAAUGGACGGCUGUGUUUGUCCACCUGGAACUGUCUUUGAUGAUAUUUCCAUGAGAGGGUGCGUUGAUCAAUCUGAAUGUCAAUGUCAGCACGGCAAAGUCUAUAACCCUGGGGAAGUUUACCGGCAGUAUGCAGUGGAGUGUACAUGUUUUGGUGGAAGAUGGACGUGUAAGAGUCUUCAAGCACCAGCUACAUGUGCAGUUGAAGAGGGCUCCCAUAUAACAACCUUUGAUGGGAAAACAUACACCUUCCACGGAGACUGUUUCUACACCUUAGUUCGAGUGGAGGCCAAGGAUAACAACAAUCCAGCAUUUACAGUCCUGGCCCAGUUGGUGCCAUGUGCAAACCAAGAGUUUGACACAUGUCUGAAGACCCUCAAAAUACUGGUGAACAACGACAGAAACAAUGUGUUGAUGUUCACUUCUGAUGGAACAGUAAAGCAGAAUAUGCAAGCCAUCAGUUUGCCGUACAGCUCAGGUGACAUCCACAUAUUCCAUGCUUCGUCCUUCCACAUUUUGCUCCAGACCAGAUUUGGGUUGAAAAUCCAAAUCCAACAUGUGCCUAUCAUGCAAGUCUACAUCAGCCUUGAACAGGGCUACAAAACAAAGACACGUGGUUUAUGUGGAAACUACAACAUGAUCCUUUCUGAUGACAUGAUGACUCCUCAGAGAAUCGUGGCAGGAACAGCAGCGACUUUUGCAAACUCAUGGAAAGCUAGUCCCACGUGCAGAGACAGAGAGGAACGACUUGAUGACCCCUGUUCCCUCAGUGUGGAAAAUGAGAAGUAUGCGAAACACUGGUGUGCCUUACUACAAAGUCCUGAUCAUCCAUUUGCCCAGUGCCAUGCAGAGGUGGAUCCUGAGGUGUACUACAAGAGAUGCGUUUAUGCUAGCUGUAACUGUGAAAAGAGUGAGGCCUGCCUAUGCGCCGUCCUCUCCUCCUAUGCACGGGCCUGUGCAGCAAAGGGGGUGUUCAUGACAGACUGGAGGGAUGAUGUGUGUGAUAAAUACAGCAACAACUGCCCAAAAUCUCAGACGUUCUCCUACAAACAUCAGAGAUGCCAGCUGACAUGCAGCUCACUGGCAUCAAAGCAGAGCUGCUCCAACGACUUCUUACCUGUGGAUGGAUGCUCCUGCUCUGACGGCUUUUACCUGGAUAACGAAGGCAUCUGUGUCCCCAAGGAAAAAUGCCACUGCCACCACAAUGGUGUUGACAUUAAACCUGGGAAGUCCAUCAGCAUCAACGACGAGCACUGCGUAUGCACCAAUGGAGUGCUUCACUGCCGCUCAUGGAGGGCCCGCUCAUUUUCUGCAUGUCCACCUCACAAGGUGUACGUCAACUGCUCCACCGUGGCCUCAGGAGAGCUUGGAGUGCAGUGUGCUCCUACUUGUGCUACUCUGGACAGUGGGGAAUGUAGCUCCACAGAUUGUGAAUCUGGCUGUAAGUGUCCAGACGGUCUUCUCGAUGAUGGAAAAGGUUUUUGUGUGAAACAACAUGAAUGUCCGUGUCAGCAUGAUGGUAAUCUCUACGUGUCUGGAACAAAAAUCCCUAACAAGUGCAACACCUGUACAUGCAAAAGUGGAAGAUGGGAGUGCACAGAGAAAAUAUGCCCAGGAACCUGUGUUAUUUAUGGAAGUGGCCAUUAUUCUACAUUUGAUCAGAAAACAUAUGGGUUUCAUGGAGAUUGUGGCUAUGUGGCUGUGAAGAACACCUGUGGCAAUAAAACAGCACAAGAAAACUUUACAGUUAUUACAGAAAAUGUACAUUGUGGAUCUACAGGCACCACAUGCUCCAAAAAUGUCAGAAUCCAGUUGGGGGCGACAGAAAUCUAUUUAACAAAGGGUGAAGAGCCCGAGCCGGGCAUUUAUGUUGGCUAUAGAGUACGAAAAGUUGGCCUGUAUCUGAUCAUAGACUCAGACAUUGGUCUGGCAGUGAUGUGGGAUCGCAAAACAACUGUUCGCAUCCUCCUGGAACCAGAACACCAUGGAGAGGUUUGUGGCCUCUGUGGAAAUUAUGAUGGUGAUGGGAAGAAUGACUUCACCACCCAGGGUCUGCUGGUGGUGAGUGUUGUGACAGAAUUUGCAAACAGCUGGAAGGUGUCCAGCUCUUGUCCAAAUGCAGAAGCCACUGCCAAUCCCUGUGAUGUAGCAACCCAUCGACACCCCUGGGCAAAAAUGAUGUGCAGCAUUAUAAAUAGUGACACUUUUAAAAAAUGCCACCAUAAGGUACCCCCUGGUGUGUAUCAUGAAAACUGUGUGAGAGACUCAUGUGCCUGUGACUCUGGAGGAGACUGUGAGUGUUUCUGUUCAGCAGUCGCAGCAUAUGCUCAGGCUUGUAAUGAAGCCGGUGUCUGUGUUGCAUGGAGAAGUCCAGACAUCUGUCCUGUCUUUUGUGAUUACUACAACAGCCCAGGAAACUGCACGUGGCACUACAGCCCUUGCCAUACACCGUGCUACAAGACGUGCUUGAAUCCGGAGGGAAUUUGCAGCAACCCCAUACCCAACCUGGAAGGCUGUUACCCACAGUGUCCUGAAGAUAAGCCCAUAUUUGAUGAGGACAAACAGGAGUGUGUGGAGGAAUGCCCCAUCACUACUACACCUACUACACCUACCAGUACUACAGAGCCAACAACAACCACCCAGUCAACACCCACACCUACUCAACCCACUACCACAACUCCAGAGCCAACAACUCCAACUCCAGAGCCAACAACUCCAACUCCAGAGCCAACAACAACCACCCAGUCAACACCUACACCUACUGAGCCUACUACCACAACCCCAGAGGUAACUUCAACCACAUCAUUUACAACUCUUGCCAGUACAACCUGUGAACCAACUUGUGAAUGGACUGGCUGGUAUGAUGUACAUAACCCUUUAACUGAUGGAAAUGACUGGGAAACAUAUGAGAACAUCACAAACAGUGGAGGACAAAUAUGUGAAGAUCCCAUGGACAUUGAUUGCAGAGGAACACGUUCACCUACUACUGAUUUUGAUCAGUAUAUCAAUGAGAUGAAACAAGUUGCUACCUGUAAUGUGAGUUAUGGAUUAAUUUGUAAAAAAAGUGAUCAGCCUUAUCAAAGGAAGUGUCACAACUACAAGAUAAAAGUAUGUUGUCCGGUGCCGUGCGGAACUACUGAAAGUCCAACCACAACCACACAAUCAACAACCAUACCUACUGAACCUACUACAACUCCACAGCCAACAACUACAACUCCAGAGCCAACAACAACCCCAACAACUGAACUUACUACCACGACUCCAGAGCCAACAACUACAACUCCACAGCCAACAACAACCCCAACAACUGAACUUACUACCACAACUCCAGAGCCAACAACAACCCCAACAACUGAACGUACUACCACGACUCCAGAGCCAACAACUACAACUCCAGAGCCAACAACAACCCCAACAACUGAACGUACUACCACGACUCCAGAGCCAACAACUACAACUCCAGAGCCAACAACAACCCCAACAACUGAACUUACUACCACAACUCCAGAGCCAACAACAACCCCAACAACUGAACUUACUACCACAACUCCAGAGCCAUCAACUACAACUCCAGAGCCAACAACUCCAACUCCAGAGCCAACAACAACCACCCAGUCAACACAGACACCUACUCAACCCACUACCACAACUCCAGAGCCAACAACAACAACCACACAAUCAACACCUACACCUACUGAGCCUACUACCACAACCCCAGAGGCAACUUCAACCACACCAUUUACAACUCUUGCCAGUACAACCUGUGAACCAACUUGUGAAUGGACUGGCUGGUAUGAUGUACAUGACCCUUUAACUGAUGGAAAUGACUGGGAAACAUAUGAGAACAUCACAAACAGUGGAGGACAAAUUUGUGAAGAUCCCAUGGACAUUGAUUGCAGAGGAACACGUUCACCUACUACUGAUUUUGAUCAGUAUAUCAAUGAGAUGAAACAAGUUGCUACCUGUAAUACUCCUGAAACUGGGCCAACUCGGCCAACUCAGCCAAUAACAACUCCAUCAACUAGUCCUCAAUGUGUCUGUAAAAUUGAUGGCAAAGAAUAUGAAGAAGGGGAAGUAAUACAUAAGGAGCAUGUUGGAUCAGCUUUAUGCUUCAUAAUGAGAUGUGAGGAUAACUGUGUGAUAAGCAACAAGACUGAAUUAUGCUGCCCUGUCGAUGCACAAAAUGAGACUUUCUAUUUGUGCAACUGCACCAUGGCCAGAUGCACCGAUAACAACACAAUUGAAAUCUUUCCUUAUGAAUGUCCACCCAUUGAGCCUAUCACUUGUGCAAAUGGAAGGCCAUCAGUUCUUGCAUAUGAUGAAUAUGGAUGCUGCCAACAUCAUGUUUGUGACUGUGUAUGUGAAGGCUGGGGAGAUCCCCAUUACGUUACAUUUGAUGGAUUAUAUUACAGUUAUCAAGGAAAUUGCACUUAUGUUUUGAUGGAAGAGACUAUUCGAAAACAUGGCUUGAAGAUUUAUAUUGACAAUGUCUAUUGUGACCCAACUGAAGAUGUGUCCUGUCCACGAUCUAUCAUUGUUUCAUAUCAGUCACAAGCUAUAACACUCAAGAAUCACAAUCUUCUUGAUGGAGCAGAGUUGGAGGCUUUCAUAGGUGAACAAAGUCUGGACCUUCCUUUUUGGAAACAUGGUAUGAAGGUUGCGACUACUGGGCUUACCUUAAUUUUGGAGAUUCCUCGCCUAGAGGUGGUCGUUAAAUUUGGUAUAUCUGGCUUUAUCGUAACCCUUCCAUAUAAAAACUUUGGCAGCAACACACAGGGUCAUUGUGGAACCUGCAAUAACAAUCAGGCUGAUGACUGCAAGUUGCCUGGAGGCCAAGUGGUGGGAAGUUGUGCUGAGAUGGCUGACUUUUGGCUGGCAGAAGACAUUCAUCAACCCAUGUGCAAGAUACCAUCUGUGGUUCCCACCUCUAAACCUGAACCUCCACCAACUCAAUCCCCAUGCAGGAAUGAUUCCCUAUGUGACAUGCUUCACCACAGCCCCUUUACAGCUUGCCAUCCCUUUGUCUCGCCAAACAAUUUCUACCAAGGCUGUGUGUUUGAUAGCUGCCAUGUUACUAAUCAAGCUGUGGAGUGUACAAGUUUGCAAACUUACGCUGCUGCAUGUGCUCAGGCAGGGAUUUGUCUGCACUGGAGGAACUACACCAGUCUGUGUGCCAGCGGUUGUCCAUCAGACAAAGUUUACAAGCCAUGUGGUCCUGCAGAACAGCCAACGUGUGAAGACAAUGCAAAUGAACCAACAAUGAACGUCACAACUGAGGGCUGCUUUUGUCCUGAUGGCAUGAAACUUUUCAACAAAGAGUCUGGUAUUUGUGUUAGUAAAUGUGGAUGUUUGGAUCCUGAGGGCAUUCCUCGUGAGUUUAACGAAAGGUUUGAGUACAAAUGCCAAGACUGCAUCUGUGAUGAGUCCACCAAGACAGUGAUUUGCAAACCCAAGGCGUGUCCAGCACCACCUGUAGCAAACUGCACUGGUCCAGGGUUUGUCCUUGUCAACCAGACUAAUCCUUUGGACCCCUGUUGUUCAGCCUUUGUUUGCCAUUGUUACAGCACUACCUGCCCACUUGUCGACAUGAACUGUCCAAUUGGAUAUAAACCAGUUGUCUACAUUCCUGAGGGAGAAUGUUGUCCACAACAUAUAUGUGAGGCUAAAAGAGUCUGCCUCCACAAGAACAUUGAAUAUGAGCCUGGUUCCAAAUUUCCAUCUGGAGACUGCCAUUAUUGUACCUGUACCCAUGAGCCUGACCCCCAUUCUGAUCAUCUGAAAAUACGGUGUGAUCUUCUGCCAUGUGAAGAGAACUGCGACACACUUCGUCUGUAUCAAAACUGGAGGCAUUUUCACUGCUGUCAAUUCACACAUUGUCUGCCCACCGUUCCACAGAGCAACUGUGCGCCUGGGACAAUUCAAACUACAUCAAAUGGCUGUUGUAAAACUUGUGUGGAGAAGGACAAAGCCUGCAAGUUACUAUCUGUGAGAACCCAUAUUUCACACAGAGGCUGUCUAUCUGAGGAAGAGGUAGAAGUACCAUAUUGUGAGGGAUCCUGCAACACUUUCACCAAGUAUUCUGCAGCAGCCGCUAAUAUAGAGCAUUCUUGUUCCUGCUGUAAGGAGACAAGAUUCAGCAGACGCACUGUGAACUUAAAAUGCCUGAAUGGAGAUGUUGUUCCGCACACAUAUGUUCACGUGGAGGAGUGCGGCUGUGGCAACACAGAGUGCACCGCAGCUGGACAACCUGCUCGCAAGAAACGAAGCUUCAGACUAGUGUAACCGAAAAUCUGUCACACAUGUUAAGUACUUAAUGUUUCCUCCUCAUACUGUCCUGAGUUACCACAUCUCCUUUAAA